ACGUGAAAUAAUGACACAGACUGGCUCAUCAUCUCAUCUGCAGCAGAGACUGUUGUAUCAGAAGGACAGCGCGUUUGUUUGACGCACUUUUCACUUCAACUGUGUCUGACAGGAGAAUUUAGCUUUCUGAGGUGAGUCUUACAAUUUAUAAUAAAUAAGUGGGUUGAUAAAAUGUAUAAAACAAAGUAAAAACAAAAGUCUAACGUCGCUAAAACCUUUUUUUUAUUAUUUUAUUGUUUUUAUUGGCCUUCUAGCGUUGAGUUACCAUGGCAACCGCGUACACAUCAGCUGCUGGAGAGGAGAGGACUCGUCUGACAUUUUUUCUGUUUCUCGUCUGUUAUACCAAAGAAAAGGCCAACAACUGCGACAGAUUUUGAUUUCAGGAGUGUCUUAAAAACCCUCUAAAACAGAGGGGAAGUUUCAAGAAAAUGUCUAAUGGGAGCUGCUGACAGAGACAGAAAACACAGUUUGUUUAUUUCUAAUAAGGAGCUGGAGGCCGUGAAGAAACAGAUCCACGAUAUCGUGGAGAAGCAGGCCCAGAUGAGCAAGUGGAGAGCUAUGCUGGAAAUAUUCAGGGGUUGAUGCUCAUAAGUCCAGGUGUAAGACAUGAACCAGGCCCUGGGCGACGACCUCUCCAUCCGCCGCCUCCGGUCUUCAGGAUCUCCACCAGAACCCGAUUCGCUCCACUUUGCGAGACAGAAGACAACACUGUGAUCAUCGGAGACUCCAUCGUCCGGCACGUUCGUGCUAUGUUAGCUGAAGGUAAAGUCCACACUCACUGUUUCCCUGGUGCUCAUGUUCUUGAUAUUUCUGCACAGAUUCCCGUGAUCCUGAAGGGUGAGGGGAGCAUCGGAGUGGACAUGCUUCACGCCGGCGUUAACGACAAUGCUGCGGCAGACGGAGACACUGAAGAGAGACUUCAGGAGCCUGAUCGAGACGAUGCACAGCAUAUCGCCUGCAUGAUGAUCUUCAUGUCAGGACCACUUCCCAUAUAUAGACGAGGACAUGAAAGGUUCAGCAGACUUUUUGCUUUAAACGAAUGGUUAUUGUCAUGGUGUAAAGAACAGAAACUGCUUUUUGUUAAUAAUUGGGAUCUUUUCUGGGAGCGUCUUAGGCUUUUUAGAUCUCCUGUUGGACAACAUUUCCAGGACACUUCGCUCCAUAUGACUAGGCAGUUUGUGAAGACAGAUAAUCAGGAGAAGUCAGUUCCAGAUCCACCCUCCACAACAGACCUCUCUCUCACAAUGAUUGCUGUCUACUAGCAUAUUGUGUUCUCUUCAGACUUUGGGGGAUGCAGAUAUUACUCAGGGACACGAACACAUGAAUAUUGCAAGAAUAGAGAAAGUAAGAUAUAUUAUAUAUAUAUAUUUAGAUAUAUUUUUGUGGCAUUGUG